UUAAUAAAAUCCCCGAAGAGCCAGGAGAAAAAUGCAGAUCUGCCUGACUCGCUAGGCUGCCAGUUGAGGAUUGCUCUGCAUUCCCAACGUGGGGUUUUUGUACAAAACGGCUCUAAAUCUGGGUUCAAUCAAUGUAUUUAAUCCUGGCUUCCAGUGAUGAGGUGGCUUCUGCCCUGGCUUCUAGCAGCAAGCAGCAUUUUGCAGGCUGUGUCCCAGGACUCCACCACCAUGCCCCCUGCUGUCACCGUCGUGACUGAGGGCUACACACGGACUCAGUACUGUAAGUGGCCAUGCGAGUGUCCCACGUGGCCACCUCGGUGCCCAGCAGGGGUCAGCCUGAUCACUGACGGCUGCGAGUGCUGCAAGGCGUGUGCCAAACAGAUUGGAGAGAACUGCACGGAGGCUGAUACCUGUGACUUCCAUAGGGGCUUGUACUGUGACUACAGUGGAGACAGACCUAGGUACGAAAUAGGAGUAUGUGCACAAAUUAUGGGCGUGGGCUGUGUCCUUAAUGGAAUCCGGUAUAAGAACGGAGAGACCUUCCAGCCCAAUUGCAAGUACAAUUGCACAUGCAUUAAUGGGGCUGUGGGCUGCCUGCCAUUGUGCACCAGCUCCCGCCCCCCGCUCGUCUGGUGCCCAAACCCAAAGCAAAUUAAGAUAGCAGGCAAGUGCUGCGAGCAGUGGAUCUGUGAUGACUCAAAGAAGAUCAGGAAGACAUCUCCACGACAUAUCUCCUCCGCAGCUUACGAAGGAGAGAAUGAAUCCUGGCAGAAAAACUGCAUCAUUCACACCUCACCCUGGAGCCUCUGCUCGAAAACCUGCGGGCUGGGGAUCUCGACGAGAAUUUCCAAUGACAAUGACCAGUGCCGGCUCCUGAAAGAGAGUCGCCUCUGCAACUUGCGGCCCUGCGAGGUGGAUAUAACCAAACACAUUAAGCCUGGGAAGAAAUGCUUGGCCGUGUAUAGGGCAGAUGAACCAAUGAACUACACCAUAUCGGGCUGCGUGAGCAAAAGUACAUACAGGCCAAAAUACUGUGGUGUCUGCACAGACAACAGGUGCUGCUCUCCGUACAAGUCGAAGACUAUUGAAGUGAGGUUUGAGUGCCGAGAUGGAACUGGAUUUUUCCAGAAAAUCAUGUGGAUCAAUGCCUGCUUUUGCAACCUGAGUUGCAAGAACCCUAAUGACAUCUUUGCUGACUUGGCACAUUACCACGAUUACUCUGAAAUAGCGAAUUAAAUUGGCCAAAUGCUGGGGUGAACCACUGCUCUGAUUUUACAGAGGUUUUAAAAUAAAGGAGAAUCUUCCAUCCAGUGCCAAUGUAACAUUUGUUUCUCAAAGUCAGGAUUAAGUUACCUUUGUUUAUCCUACUAUAUUUAGAGACUUUUAAACAGGCAGGAUUUUCCGCUAUAGCAGACUUCCGUCCAUUAAUGAGGGCCAGAGGUUCCCCUUCAUUGUUAGUGCCUAUAUGAUCAAAUGUAUCUAUUGAGCCACGUUGCUCAGAUGUCAUGACUUAAAUAACCUGCCUGUUGGCAUUGGUGCACCAGGGAUGGUGAACAUGUUAAAAGAGCAUCAAAGACAUGCAUUGUGCCAGCAGUUUAAUGCCCAAAGGGUGCAUAUAGGCUAGGGGAAUUAGUACAUACUACACCUCUACCUCGAUAUAACGUGACCCGAUAUAACACAAAUUCGGAUAUAACGUGGUAAAGCAGUCUCCGGGGGCGGGAGGCAAGGCUAAACUCUUCAAAGCCGGUUCUCAUUUACAUGGAGGGCUUUUGGAGCAACUGUGAGUAAAUGUAAUUUAUACCCACAUUACACUUCCAGUCUAGUGUAAAGACGGCAUAGCCUAUGGGAGAAUCUGGUUCAUCACAUUAUUAUCCACUCCACUGAUGAGUGUACAUGAAUGGAGUGGAAAAUGUUUUGACCCAGGCUUCACAGCUGCAUUGGCUGCUGGCUGU